GAAAGGACCACAUAACUCCUGGUGCAGCAAAGAGGUUCUUCUUCUGCAAGGCAUUUGCUGGACUCCUGAAAAAUUAUUUUUAAUAACAUGGCAGAGAAGGAUUUCAUCAAUUGGCAUCUACUGGCUUUAUUUUUUCUUCCAUUUUGCCUGUGUCAAGAUGAAUACAUGGAGGUGAGCAGAAGAUCUUAUAAACCAGUGGCCAAAGUAUUGCAAAGUCACCACCAGACUGGCCAUAAAGGUUCCAGAAGCAGGGAAAUAUUGAAACAGCGGAGCCAACUUAUAGAGUGGACUGUUGAUAAUAGCACUUCUACAGACCAAAAAGUCCUGAGACCAGAGGUAGAUGAUGUAGAACUGACUACCUCAGAUAGAGUCCAGCCCCCACAAACUGGACCACAGAAUCCAGACUGUAGCUCCUGCUGCCGUGGUGACUUUGGAGUUCGACUCUACCAAGGGCCCCCAGGACCUCCUGGGCCUCCUGGGAUGCCAGGAAACCAUGGAAACAAUGGAAAUAAUGGAGCAACUGGCCAGGAAGGAGCCAAAGGUGAGAAAGGAGACAAAGGAGAUAUGGGACCAAGGGGAGAGCGAGGCCAUCAUGGACCCAAAGGCGAGAAGGGUUACCCUGGGAUUCCUCCAGAGCUACAGGUCGCGUUCAUGGCUUCCAUGGCUACUCACUUCAGCAACCAGAACAGCGGGAUCAUCUUCAGUAGUGUCGAAACCAACGUUGGGAAUUUUUUUGAUGUCAUGACUGGGAGAUUUGGUGCUCCAGUGAAUGGGGUGUAUUUCUUCACCUUCAAUAUGAUGAAACAUGAAGAUGUGGAGGAAGUGUACGUGUACCUAAUGCAUAACGGUAAUACAGUUUUCAGCUUAUACAGCUAUGAAUCAAAAGGGAAAGCAGACACUUCAGGAAACAGUGCAGUCCUAAAGCUUGCUAAGGGAGAUGAAGUUUGGCUGCGAAUGGGAAACGGAGCCCUCCAUGGGGACCAUCAACGCUUCUCCACCUUUGCUGGGUUUCUUCUUUUUGAAACCAAGUAA